AUGUCCUUUGGUACUAAACGUUUACUCUUGUACGACGAACUUCCAGCCCCGUGGCAGAACAAUAAGUACAUCUUGUCCGGUUAUCGCUUUUUGGAUACCGCUGCUGACUGUUGGUAUUCACUAUUCUAUGUACACAAUGAAACCGGUAAUAUUUGGACACAUCUAUUGGGGUUUAUCCUCUUGCUCAGCAUCGGCAUUUACGAAUUGCUCUAUUCCGAAUUAAUGACAAAAAUACCAAUUCGUGAUCGCAUUGUCUUUUUGAUCUUUUUGGUUGCCGCUUGUAAAUGCUUGAUGUGCUCUACCGUGUGGCAUACACUCUCAGGGAUCAACAACUUAAAGGUCUACAAGCAAGUCGCCUGCUUAGAUUAUGUAGGUAUCUCUGUUCUCAUCUGUGCAAGUAUCAUGCUUUGUGAAUAUUAUGCUUUCUACUGCGAUGACGCCAUACGUAACGCCUACAUGGCCGCCACUGCCUCCUUAGCCAUCAUGGGCGUCAGUAUGCCAUUCCAAGCCUGGUUUGACCAUCACGAAAGACGAUGGCUCCGAAUUGCCUUCUUUAUUGCCCUGGCUUCAUCAGGUGCUAUCAUCAUCAUACAUACGUCUCUCAUUCGUGGCAUUUUCCAAACUUUUGGUUGGCUGACCCCCGUCUUCAAAUCAAUCGGUUGCUAUGUCGCUGGUGUCAUCAUCUACGGCAACCAAUUCCCUGAAAGAUUUUGGCCUGGCAGGUUUGAUAAACUAGGACACUCUCAUCAAUUUUGGCAUCUAUUUGUCUGUGGUGGUAUCUGGUAUCAUUAUCAGGCAGCCCUUCAAUUUGCUUCAUUUCGUGAAGAGUUUGCUCAGUGUUCUCUUAAACAAUAA